CUUAGUGGAUACGGUGUAAUGAUAACAUAGGUUCAACCGACCAUGCCCAAAUUCAGCUCGGGGCGUUGUUGAUAUAAUGCAAUAGUCCUUGUAUUUAUAUUGAUAACUAAAAGGCUUUGCCAAAUUCGAACCGACGGAAAAAUUGAAAAGGAUGGCGUAAUAAUGUGUUAUAUACUAGGGUAUAAAUUCUAUAGGUUUCACGCUGCGAACUUACAUUGAACUUAUAUUUCUCAAAUCGUAUGUAAACAGAGUUGUACACCUGUAAUUAUGAAUAGGAAGACAAUAUCAUUUACGAAGGACAGUCUUAACGAUCUUGUACCUACUAGUAACAUGCAAUGGGAGGAUAUACAGAAAAACACAUUCACAAACUGGGUAAACGAACAACUGAAAACCAAAGGGAUUGUCGUUCGUGAUAUAAGAAGUGAACUAUCUGAACAUCUAAGUACAUUAGUGGAAGUAUUACAAAGACAGCCAAUAUUGGGUAUAACUAACAGGUCGGACAAUCAGUAUGCACGUUUACAAAAUAUUACCGUAGCAUUGGAGGCUAUUACUAGCGAUGGCGUGAGGAUAGUCAGUAUUGACAGUUCUGAUAUUGCUGACGGAAACUUGAAGUUAAUUCUUGCCUUGAUAUGGCAGCUGAUCCUCCGUUAUCAAAUAGGCAAUGCAAACAUUCAAAACAAAAGUUGGUUGUUGGCAUGGAUACAGGCAGUUAUCCCACAAUGCAAAGUGACGAACCUGACAACAGAUUGGAACGAUGGUUUGGCUUUAAAUGCUUUACUUGACUUCUGUAUGCCUGGGUUGUCAUCACAUUGGAGGUCACUUGACAGAACAGAUAAAGCUAAUAACUGUCAUUAUGCUAUGAAAUUGGCACGUCAGCAGUUCGGAAUACCUCUUAUACUUCGUCCGGAACAUUUAGCCAGUACAGAUUUAGAUGAAUUGUCAUCCAUUACUUAUCUGUCGUAUUUCAUCAAAGUUGGAUCCCCUGGUUACAACGCAACACUACAAAGAAUACAACCCAUGGUUCAUAAUGUUCCAGUCUUCAACUUUACAACAGAUUGGAAUGAUGGUCGGGUUUUAACAGAGCUGGUAACCAACCUGGGAGCCAGGAUUCAAGAUACCUCUCAUACAAAUAUCUCGGAAAUACAGAGGCUCCAAGAAGGAAUUGACGGUGCAACGCAACUAGGUGUAGAGCCUCUUUUGACUGCCUCAGACAUUGCUGAGGAAGACCAGGAACACAUAGGAAUAAUGGCAUACGCUGCAAAGUUUCUGUACUUAAAACCAGGGAAUUCAACUGUACAAAGUACUUCAGCAACGAAUGGGGUUACUACACUGUACGAAGAAGAACGAAGAGUAACAAGCAGGAGUAUACCAAACUUUUCGCACCGGAAAACAACAUUGUCAUCAUAUCCGGUCAACGGUGAAGUAGACUCGUACAAGAUUUCAACGUCAUCUGACACAAGAAGUAGUGCGGAUUAUACAAAACCUAUAAGUGUAGACACAAACCAACAUUCCCCAAUGCUUUACAGGAGUCAAAAUGGACCGCUGACAACUUAUCAUAUUGACAGCAAUAAGAAUUUUGAUGACACAGAGGAUUCAUUUGUCUUUCAAAGAAUUCCAUCUUUAAGGAAAGAAAAAGGAAAAAAGCAUAAAACGGACACGCUGGAUACUGUCAGUGGAAUAAAAGUGGAUACUUACUCAGUGGGGGUUAUUAUUUCGACUACUUCUCAUGAAAUUAUUAGCAAAGAUGAAGUCAUUGUUGAGGCAGAGUCACCUAGUGGCAGGGUUGUAAAACUUACAGGAGAUGGCAAUUAUAAUGCUCAAUUUACACCUGACGAAAUAGGUGAAUGGAAAGUGAGUUUAUUCUGCCACGGCAAGCUGGUAGAUACUUGUCCAAUAGACGUAUGUGAUCCAUCACAAGUAAAAGUUACCGGACUUAAAGGAGGCCUUGUUAACAAGAAACAAUAUUUUACAGUUGACUGCCAAAAUGCUGGAAAAGGUGAUUUGGAAGUGUACAUUGACUUUCGGGGUACAAAAGUUCCUUGUACUAUUAGAGAAACACAGACAGGUGUUUACACGGCCAGUUAUCUCCCCUACAUUUGUGGGGUGUACCGUGUCAGCGUUAGUUUUAAUAAAUCUGAAAUUAGAGAUUCCGAUUACCUCCUUGGGUCCGACAGUGAUGGUAUGCAUCGAAGAGCAAUAUUUUCAACAUCUAUAGAACCUGAUAGAGACAAGUAUAACGUUAAGUCGACAUGUGACUGGCAGAUUGAUUAUAUAACAGGAGGGCCAUUUGAAGUGUUUAUCACGGAUAAAGCUGAUAUAAAAGUUUACAGCAUGCAGGAUGGAACAGUUUGUAAUUUCCCUCACUUAGUAGCUGAUUGUUCAGGGUUAGAUCCAGGACGAAUCGAAGCUCAUGUAUCGUAUAAAGGUUAUCGUUUCCCAGCAAAUACAGUUGAGGAUGAUCCGGGUAUUUACAGAAUUACUUUCCAGCCACGGGGUAAAGGAACCUACAAAAUAUGGAUUGUGUUUGAUGGAAGAAUGGUUAAAGGUUCACCGUUUACACAAGAAAUAGAAGAAAUUGCUGCUACAGCAGUUGGUGAAGGGUUGAGAAGAGGCAGGGAAGGUCAUGAGGCUAAAUUUAAAAUAGAUGCAAGAGGGUUUCCUGGUGAAUUGUCUGUUACAAUUGAUGGUCCACAUUACCCAAUAAAUUGUAAUGUAGUAGCAAACGACGAUGGAACACACACUGCUACAUAUGUACCAGAGGAAGCUGGUCCCCAUAGAAUACAUGUCAAACUUGAUGGCAAAAAUAUAGAAGAUAGUCCCUUCAGACCAUUAAUAGUAGAUCCUUCUAAAAUACGGGUUUCUGGAGGAUGGGAACCCCUUCUUGAUGAACAUGACAGAAUCCCACUUAUUGUAAAUAAAGAGAAGCAAAUUCCAUUUGAUGCAUCGGAGGCUGGUCUCGGUGAGCUGACCGCUGAAGUACAUGGCCCUAGUUACAAGGUUCCGGUAGCUAUAGAUUCCAGAAUAGGAGGGAAACACACGCUUAUUUUCACACCAAAAGAGGAAGGUCGCCAUUAUAUAGACGUUAAGUGGUGUGACUUCCCUAUAUCACCCAAACCGUUUCUUGGUUAUGCUGUUUGGCUUCCUGAAAGUGACAACCAACAUCAGCCGGUCUUAUCCCCAUUAGUGGUUAUGCAGCCAAAGCAACAUCAUUCGUCGGAUCCAGGCCACCUUCAUAACAGUCCAAAUAGAUAUAACUAUCACCUUAUACACCCAACGGUUAAACAAGAAGGAGUACAACCUAAACCGAUGCAAUAUAAAUCAUUGUCAAAUCAGAGAGACAGACCUAUAGAACAACAGCCUAUUCUGUAUGCGUCAGUUCCGAACAAUAGAACAUUACAACACCAACCUGUAAAAUAUACGACACUCCCAAACAACAGAAGACUCCAACCUGAAUCCGUGAUAUAUACGUCUACUGUAGACAAUAGGGAUAGAUCGCUAGACAGAGUAAACGGAGACGAAUUGGAUGGCCCAUGGGUAAAUACCGCUAAUACAAAACCAACAACAAUCUAUGUUACGAAACAUAAACGCAAUAAAAAGAAACGUUUUUCGAGCGGAAGCAGUACGUCGUCAUCAUCAUCCGACGAUUCAAGGAAGAAAGCUCCUCAUUCUAAAAUAACUCUGCUUCGAAAAGUAGUAGAUGAACCUAAAAUAGCAAUGGUUCGAAGAGUUCAAGAUGACCCUAAGAUUGCAGUGGUUCGGCGAGUUCCAGACGAUCCCAAAAUUACUCUAGUGCGAAGGGUUCCAGACGAUCCCAGAAUUACUGUUAUUCGAAAAGUUUCUGAUGUCAGUUCUAGGUCAACACCGAGAGUCCUUGUUCCAAGGCGUACUGGCAGUCUACAUUCUACUGCAACAACUAAUACCGAUCCAGAAAGGGUUGUAUACAGAACGCCCCGUAUUUACACAACUUAUGUUGCGAACAGUCCGAGUCGUAGUUCUAGUUCACCGUCACCGUCAUAUAAAAUUGUUGAUGGCCCGGCAUUGUCACAUAGGAGCUAUGAACAUUCACCAAUAGAUCCUUCAAAAGUUAUACUCAGUGGAAAAGGGCUGAAAGAAGCUUUUGCCAACAAAGAAGCGACAUUUAACAUCGACGGCCGCAAUGCAGGACCAGGUGAACCCGCCACGAAAAUGUUUAGUCCAAAAUAUGAAAUCCCUAUCGAAGUUAGGCCAUUUGGUCCCAAACAGUAUCGUUGUACGUAUAUUCCUGCCUACCCGGGAGCUUACUUACUGGAUAUCAAAUGGAACGAUAGAAAACUUAAGUGUUGUCCUUUCAAAAUAAACGUCAAUCCUCCAUUUUACCCGGAGAAAGUUAAUGUAAGUGGAGCAAAUAUUAAAGGCGGAACGGUUGGGAAGGACUUCCAUCUACAGAUAGAUCCAAGAAAAGCGGGAAAAGGAAAACUUACUGCCAAAUGUACGGGUCCUUCUAACCAGAAAGUGGCUGUAUCUCUUGUUGAAAACAUCGAUGGUACUACUAAAGUGUCUUUCAAACCCGUGGAGGCCGGCAGACAUAUUAUGGCUAUCAAAUACAAUAAGGAACAUGUUUUAGGUAGUCCCUACGCAAUCGAUAUAAGGGUACCUCACCACAGUGGAAUAGUAUAUGUACAUGGACCAGGUAUAGAGAACAAUGGUGUCUUAGGAGAAUAUGAAAGUCAUUUUUGGGUAGAUGCAAGAGACGCUGGGUCAGGAGAACUUAAUGUCAGUGUGAUGGGUCCUAAAGGUGCUUUCAAUGUAGAAAUGAAGAGAGACAGUCAGAAAGAUAGAAUUUUUCACUGUAGAUACAAUCCACAUGAACCAGGGACUUAUACAAUAAAUUGCAAGUGGUCAGGACAUCACGUGGGAAACAGUCCGUACCGAAUCCACCUAGGAGUAUCAAAGGACGAUUUAGAUAGAUUCCUGUUCGAAUUACAACAUGGCGAAACUUUACUUUAUUAGGUCCUAGAAUUUUAUGGCAAUUUCAGUUGGGGAGAAAUUAUAGAUCUUAUUGGGGACUAUAUUUAAAUACCAAAUUGAAUACAUAUUCAUCAGAAGAUUGUAUUUACUGUCGAAAAAAUCUGGACAACAUCUAGGGAUUCAGAAUGUUAUGCAAUUAAACUUAUCUAUUUAAAAUAAAUUCCAUCACAUACCACAGGACAUUAGGUGUAAAGUUUCAUUCCCAAGAACACCAUAUGUUACUUCAUAUAAAAAUAAUCACAUUUGUAAGUUUGGUGUUAAGUUUGUCAUAGUUUUUUUGGGGCAAAACAUACGAAUUUGCUAAUUAUCACUUAUAUGCCAAAAUAACCACAACGCGAACUCCCUCCCAACAGCAAAUAGGACGUGGUUACGAAUAUAUAUUCAAUCUUAUACAAGUACGUACCAAAAAAAAAAGUUUUUCACCAGCUCAAUAUUUAAAACCACUGCAAAGAAGAAUGUGUUUUAUGCUACUACGAUAAUAAAAAAAGUGUUUAAUUUAUUUUUAUAUCUUGGAGGAUAAAACUGCAUCUGUAUACGAUCUAAAUAGUAAGAGGCGGGGCAUCGAAUUAGGAACCAUAUUGCCCUUAUUUAGCCAACAUGUUUUCACUUGAAUACAAAAGUAUACAUUUACAAAUAAGAGCCGGUGUAACUUGUACAAUUUGUUUAUCUGUGAAUGCAAGAAUAUGAAGAAUACUCAUCUCAUAAAUACUGUUUCGAUUUUGAAUGUAAAUCAUUCUUGAAUUAUUCAUAACAUCCAAAAUUGUAAUGGUUUGUUCCGGAGAAAGAAUAUUGCGAAAGUGUGAAUGCAACAGAAAUAGCUUGUAUAAACAAUAUAGGAUGUAAUGCCGACAUGUAUCAUUUAUAAGCGAUCUCACAAAUAUUAUUGUAAUAAAUAUACACACGCUUGCAUAAAAGAAAUAUAUAGGCGGUAGUUCAGUGCACCCUACUUUUUAGAUAUUUAUUUAAUGUCAGUUUCUCCGUAUCAGCCGUUAAAAUCAACCGAUUUAUAUAUAGCCAUACAACUUAUUUCAUUGCAUUUAUUCUUCCUUGUUAUAAUGUUUUUUUUAUAAAAACACAAAAAAUCCCCUUUUCCAAGGAAAGAAGAUUGAUACUUAGACGUUAAGUACAUCAAUGCCAAACUCAUCCAAAGUAUGUUCCGCCGCCUAUCCACAAAUAUAUAUGUAUUUUGUUAUAAUAAUGUAUGCAAAAGAAAAUAUGUUUUGUUAUCAAAUAAAUUUAUAUAUGACUAAAA